AUGAUAUUAGCAAGAUAGUUAAAUAAUUUUAUUAAGCUAAACAAGAGAAACUUAAUUGCAACUACCUUAUGUUUCUCUUAUUAAAAACAUUUUUCUAGUGUUACUGAGUAAAUUCGUAAAGAAAUCGAAGAAAAAAAAUCACCUUAUGGCAAUAUUACUCCAAAGAUUAUAGAGUUAGCAGGCCAAGAGUUGUAUAAGCAACCUAACCAUCCUUUAGGAAUUAUGCGUUAUAAGAUGGAAGAAUUUUUUACAAAUGACAAAUAUAAGAAGGGCUUUUUGCAUGAAAAGAAAAAGUUUCCUUUCGUAAUUGGAGAUAGUUUCUCUCCUGUAAUCAGUGUUCAGUAGAACUUCGAAGAUCUUCUCAUCCCAAAAGAUCAUGUUUCUCGUAAAAGAUCAGAUACUUACUAUAUUUCUGAAAAUUACAUUAUGAGACCAUAAGCAACUGCAAAUGAGCGUAACAUGUUUGAACAAAAAGCUGAAGCUUUCGUUAUUUUUGCUGAUUGCUUUAGAAGAGACGAGAUAGAUGCAACACAUUACCCUGUUUUCCAUUAAAUGGAAGUUGUUAGAGCAUACACUCAAGAUUACUUUGAUACUAAGAAUGAAGAUAUUAAAAUAUAAAUGGUUAUGAAGGAUCUUUAAGAAACAUAUGAGAGUUUAGUCAGAAAUAUUUUUGGUGAAGAUGUUUAAUAUAGAUGGAUACCAGCUUAUUUCCCAUUCACGGAACCUUCUUUGGAAAUGGAAAUAUAUUUCAAUGGAGAAUGGGUAGAAAUGUUUGGAUGUGGUAUCCUUCGUAAAGAAAUUAUGAAAAACUUCGGAAGACAUGAUGAUGAUAUUGCAUGGGCAUCAGGUGGUGGCUUAGAAAGAUUCGCAAUGCUUCUUUUUGGCAUUCCUGAUAUUAGACUUUUCUGGAGUAAAGAUUCUAGAUUUUUGAAUCAAUUUAAGGCUGGACAAAUUAACAAAUUUUAGCCAUUCAGUAAAUAUCCUGCUUGCUAUAAGGAUAUAUCUUUUUGGAUAAAAGAUAUGACAACUUUUGAAGAAAAUGAUAUUUAUGAAAUUGUGAGAGAAAUUGGAGGUGAUCUUAUUGAAUAGGUAGAGUGUGUUGACACCUAUGAGAAUAAAAAGACUGGGAAAACUAGCAAAUGCUUUAGAAUAAAUUACAGAUCAUUAGAAAGAACUCUUACAAAUUAAGAAAUUGACACCUUAUAAUUCUCCAUUAGAGAUGAAAUCAAAAAUAAAUUAGGUUAUGAAUUAAGAUGA